UUGACGUGUCGCGAAGUCUUAUACAAAAAAUUAUACCCUCGAAAUAUAAAAUGAAGUGCUUUGUGUUAGUCGCAUUUUGCGUCCAAUUGGCACUUUCACUGCCACAAGGAUAUAAUUACAAGGAUGCUGGUGGUCCAGUGGAUUUAAAUUUCGGAGGAGGAGGAUUUAAGCCUGUUGUGGGUCCUGGUGCCCCAUGCAAUCAUGGACCUAAUGCAGCUGCUUUGGUGCAACAGCAAUCAGUUGGAAGGAUUAUUCAUCAUGGAUCCGGGCAUGGAGAUUCACAAGCUGUCACUUUGAACAGUCAUAUUACUGUUGGUGAGGGUGGUCACUCUCAUACCCAGUCUUUCCAAAACGGACAGGGUUAUGCCGAACAGUCUAGACCUGCACCUAUUCCUCUGCCAUUGUCACAAGGACCUCCUCUUCCAUUGCCAGGACCAGCACCGUCAUUUUUACAAAAUUCUUUCGGUUCUUCGAACUCAUUUAGCCAUGGUGGACAUGCAAGUUCUUCGAUCAAUGGAGGUGGCAGGAUUCCAGGACCUUCUUCACAUGGUUUGAGUGGUGGAUAUUCGGGUGGAUUUAGUUCUGGUGGUGGAUCAGGAUUCGGAGGUGGUUCAGGAUUUGGUGGUGGUUCAGGCUUUGGAGGUGGUUCAAGACCUCAAAUCAAUUCGAACUUUAUUGCUGGAGGAGGAUCUGGACAUAACGGAGGAGGACAUUCCCACGGUUCUGGAUCAAGUUAUCAGAAUGUUGGUGGAUUUAGCGGUGGUGCUAGUCAAUUCCAGCAAUCGGGAGGAUUUAGUCAACAAUCAGGUGGAUUCUCUCAAGGAAGUGCAUCGCAAUCUUUCGGUCAGUCGAGUAGCUUUGGCGGAAAUGGUAUUUUGAAUGGUGCCCUUGGCAAUGUUAUUCGUGAAACCUUUGCAAGUGCUCCUCUUGAUCCAACAGUUGAAAAGCACAUCUAUGUUCAUGUCCCUCCAGAGGAUCUCGAAGAGAAGGAAUCCCGUCAACAGAUUCAAACUCAAGCUGCAGCUAAGAAACACUACAAGAUUAUCUUUAUCAAGGCUCCAACUGUCAGUCAGCCUACCAACUAUGCUCAAUUAGCCAAUGCAGCUGGACAAUCUGAAGAGAAGACAAUUGUUUAUGUUUUGGUGAAGAAGCCUGAAGAGCCAUCUUAUGAAGAAAUCCAACAAAUUCAACAGAAUGCUGCUAAGCCUAGCAAACCUGAAGUUUACUUUAUUAAGUACAAGACUAGGAGUGAACAGCAAGGUGGUGGUGGAGGUGGUGGUUUCCUUGGAGGAAGUUACAGUUCCAACAUUGAACAAAAUGCUGGUGGAUUAGGAGGAGGACAUUCACAUAUCGAAUCAAUUGGUGGAUCGAUUGGAGGUGGUCAAUUUGCUGGUUCCGAAAUUGUUGAUGGUGGUGUUGAUAUUAGAGGUAAUGGAGCCGCUAGUGCCAUUGAGAGUUCCCAUCAAGAAGGUGGUUCAUCGUUUGUUAGUAGUAGUGGAAGCAGCAGUAGCAGUAGCAGCAGCAGUUCUUUUUCGACAGGAAGUGCUAGCGUGAAUAUUGGUGAGACUGGUCCUGGUCCACAGCAUGAAAUCUAUGGUGUUCCAGCUGUUUAG